AUAUAAAAAAGUAUUAAAAAAUAAAUCCAUUUAAAGUUAUCGAAAGAAAAAAUUAAUAUAUUCAAUAAAUUUAAUACGAAUAAAAUUUAAGCAUAUUAAAAUAACAUGUUGAAAAAUGUACUUAUUUUUAUGCUUAUUUUUAAAUGUAUAACUUGCAAUGAAAAGACAAAUGAAUUUAUGAAAGCGAUUGUAGAUGGAAUAAUUAUGUAUGAGGAUUGUCUUAAAACUUUAGGAGAUUUAUUCAAUCUACGACAUCAAAUGAAAAAUGUAGUUGAAUUAUAUAAUUGGGGUCAUUAUGAAGAAGCAGCUGACAUUUAUCUCAAACCAGAUUCGAAUAUUGUAGAUGUAAUAAAAAUACUUGAACCUAUUUUUUGGACAAAAUUAAACAACACUAAAAAGUCUAAAAAAUUUUUACUUAAAAAUGAAAGUAUUUUAAAAAAUUCCUUCUCAAUAUGUGUUAAAAUGUUUGUGAAAAAGAUCCACAAGAAUGACAAAAUUCUCCAGGACUAUGAAAUCUUUAAGGAAUCAAAAAAAGAAAAUCAAAACAAAGACAUAGAUAUAGAAAUAGAAAGUACUAAAAAUAAACAAAAUAUAUUCAAAAAUAUGUUUGCUAGAAAGGAAGAUUAAUCACAAAGAACCAAAAACUGUUACGAAAAUUUAACACAGUUUUAACAUUUUUAUGUAUGAUUUAAAAAUAAUGAAAACAAUUACUGCGAUUUAAAAUUAUUUAUCCUUGUAAUAAAUGUUUUCUUUAAUUUUAUAAUAAAUGAACUUAAUUGAUAA